AUGCCUAGAUUCACUAUUCCAACUAGCAGUAAAAAACUAUACAGACUGGUAGGUUUAAUAGUGAUUUUAGUAGCAACAAUAUUCAUAGUUAAAAAUGGUUCCAAUUUAACUACAAUAACUUCAUUGACUAGUAAUAAUGGUAACAGCAAUAAUAAUAAUAAGGACACAACAAAGAAAAGUUCAGUACCUGCAAGAAAGAAAAGGACCUAUAGUUCCAAGUACGAUGAUGAUAAAUAUAAUUAUGUAAAAUAUUCUAUACCUGAAUAUGAUGGUAAAAAGGUUAAAGCAACAUUUGUUACAUUGGCUCGUAAUAGUGAUUUAUACAAAUUAGUUGCAACUGUUAAAUCUGUUGAAGAUAGAUUUAAUUCUAAAUUCCAAUACGAUUGGAUCUUCUUAAAUGAUGAAGAAUUCUCAGAAGACUUUAAGAAAACCAUGACAGCUUUCAUCAGUGGUGAAACUAAAUUUGGUGUUAUUCCAAAAGAACAUUGGUCGUUCCCAUCUUGGAUUGAUCAAGAUCGUGCCAAGAAAGUUAGAGAAGAGAUGAAAGAGAAGAAGAUUAUCUAUGGUGAUUCUGUUUCUUAUAGACAUAUGUGUCGUUUCGAAAGUGGGUUCUUCUGGAGGCACCCAUUAUUAGAUGAUUAUGAAUAUUACUGGAGAGUCGAACCUGAUACCAAGAUGUAUUGUGAUAUUGAUUAUGAUGUCUUUAGAUUCAUGAAAGACAAUAAGAAGAGAUAUGGUUUCACAAUUUCUAUUAAGGAAUUCGUUUCAACAAUUCCAACUUUAUGGGAAACUACUACUGACUUUUUAUCAUUACAUCCUGAAUAUAUUGCGGAAAACAAUAUGUUAGAUUUUGUUAGUAACGAUGGAGGUUUAUCUUACAAUUUAUGUCAUUUCUGGUCCAAUUUUGAAAUUGCAGACUUAUCUGUAUGGAGAAGUAAAGCUUAUGUUGAUUAUUUCGAUUAUUUGGAUAAAGCAGGUGGAUUCUUUUAUGAAAGAUGGGGUGAUGCGCCAGUUCACUCUAUUGCUGCUUCAUUGUUUUUGAAUCGUGAGGAAAUUCAUCAUUUUGGUGACUUAGGUUACUACCAUCCACCAUAUCAUCAAUGUCCAGUAGAUGAUAACCUAAGAUUGACAAACAAAUGUGGUUGUGUGCCAAAGAAAGAUUUUACCUGGAGAGGUUAUUCCUGUACUAGAAAAUUCUACGAUGUUAAUAAAUUGAAAAAACCAGCAAAUUGGGAAGAUUUCAAAUAG